UUGAUCCUCCCCCGCGUCCGUCACCAACACUGCAACCACACGGGCUGAUCUUCAUCCUCUCUCUACGCCAGGGAAUAGCACUCCUUUGAUCAGAUCAGAGUUGCAGCACAAUCCAUGAUGACGCGCGGCUCCUGCCCUGCAGCCCCCGCCACCAUCCACCCUCCCGUCUGCCCCGCUGGCGCCACAAGUGGAUCUCUAGGACUGGUGCGGCCGCGGGUGGUGCUCUUUGGCGAUUCCAUCACGGAGCAAUCCUUCCGCCCCGGCGGCUGGGGCGCUGCACUCGCUGACACCUACUCCCGCAAGGCUGAUGUAGUUGUCAGAGGUUAUGGCGGAUACAACACAAGAUGGGCUCUUUUUUUGAUGCACCACAUCUUUCCGCUGGAUGGUAUUGCACCACCUCUUGCAACCACUAUAUUCUUCGGAGCUAAUGAUGCGGCCCUUUUAGGAAGAACUAGUGAGCGACAGCAUGUCCCAGUUUCAGAGUAUAAAGAGAAUCUCAAAAACAUUGUUAAUCAUUUGAAGGAUUGUUCAAAUUCCAUGGUUAUUGUACUUAUCACGCCACCUCCUAUCGAUGAAGAAGGAAGGGAAAGAUUUGCACGGUCACUGUACGGAGAGAAUGCGAGGAAGCUACCUGAAAGGACAAAUGAAAUGGCAGGUGUCUAUGCUGGUCAAUGCAUUGAGCUAGCCAGAGAAAUGCAUAUUCCCUGCGUUAAUAUUUGGUCAAAGAUGCAGGAAACUGAAGGAUGGCAGACGCUUUACCUAAGUGACGGCCUACAUCUGACACCAGAAGGAAAUGCAGUUGUCCACAAGGAAGUUGUCAAAACUUUGAGAAAUGCUGGUCUGAAAGCAGAAGACAUGCCGUACGACUUCCCUCAUCAUUCCAAAAUAGAUGGCAGUUGUCCUGAUAUGGCUUUCCAAUGAAGUAAUUUCGUGCUGUGUAUGUUUGGAGUUUGUACUGCCAGCUUCCUUCAUUGAAGGUUAUGGUUUCCUCUUUGCAAAGCAAAAUGGAGAAAUACUUCUGGACGAUGCUGAGAUUCUUCAACACUAUCCUUUUUUUUCUUUGAAAAAUUUAGCUGCCAUUUCUUCUUUGUAAGAAAUACUGAACUAUUGCUCAGUGUAAUGAGUAUUAGAUAUGGAAAAACAAUAUAUAUGUAUGUAGUUCACAUGUGAUGCCCGUUUGCAAA